AUGGUCCUGGACAAGCCUUUUGAAGUCGCCAUUAUCGGCGGCGGAAUUGCCGGCCUUACACUGGCAAUCGCCCUAUACUACCGGCGGGUUCCCGUCACGGUCUACGAGCAGGCUUCGCAGUUUGGCGAGAUCGGAGCCGGCGUUUCAUUCAGUGGCAACGCCAUCCAGGCCAUGAAGAUCUGUCAUCAAGGCGUCUACGAGGCCUUCGAAAAGGUUUGCACGAGAAACGUGUGGCCGUCGAAGCAGAAUGUGUGGUUCGACUUCCUCGACGCCCUGGCAGACGCUCCCACCAGUGCCUUCACCAUCUCCACCGAUGUGGGCCAGAAUGGCGUGCAUCGAGCGCGGUUUUUGGACGAAAUCGUCAAGCUCGUGCCGAAGGAGAUAGCCAGGUUCGGCAAGCGGUUCGAGCAUGUCAAGGAAGGUCCCAAUGGUCGGCUGGUCAUGAGCUUCGAGGACGGGACAACAGCCGAGGCCGAUGCAGUGGUCGGGUGUGAUGGGAUCAAGUCUCGUGUCCGCCAGGUCAUCGUCGGAUCUGACCAUCCAUCGGCUCGUCCAGCCUACACCCACAAAUACGCAUACCGAGGUCUGGUGCCCAUGGAACAGGCAAUUGAAGCCAUUGGUGAGGAGAAGGCACUGAAUUCUUGCAUGCAUAUGGGCCCUGACGGCCACCUCUUGACCUUCCCCGUCAACCAUGGCAAGACGCUCAACAUCGUCGCGUUUCGCACCACUUCCGACGACUGGCCGGAUUUCAAUCGACUCACCAAGCAGGUGAAAAGGGAAGACGCGCUGCGCGACUUCGCCGGGUAUGGGCCCGAUGUGACCAAAUUGUUGCAGCUGACCAGCCCGGAUUUGUCUGUUUGGGCGAUUUUCGACACUGGUGACCACCCCGUCCCGACCUUCUCUAAAGGCCGCGUCUGCAUCUCCGGCGAUGCAGCACAUGCCACAUCGCCUCACCAUGGCGCCGGCGCUGGAUUCUGCAUCGAAGACAGUGCCGUGUUGGCGGAACUCCUCGCCGAUGAGCGCGUCCAGAGCAAGCAAGACAUCGAAGCCGUCUUCGCAACGUUCAACGAUCAGCGCAAGGAACGCGGCCAGUGGCUGGUCCAGUCGAGCAGGUGGAUUGGCGACUGCUAUGAGUGGCGGGCACCUGGGAUUGGGAGGGACUUUGCAAAGAUCGAACAGGAGAUCAAGACGCGCAGUGAUAUUAUUUCCAAUGUCAACGUCCCGGACAUGUGUGAGCAGGCAAAGCAGGGGUUGAGUACGAGAUUGGCAGCAUGA